CGCUGGUUCAAACAGCUGAAAGUUGCAAUUUUGUUACGGCGUUUAUGUCAUUCUUUCGUUUUGCUGAAUGCAAAUUCCACAAAAUGGUUCUUUUGCCUCUCUGCGCGGAAGGUUUAACUCCAGAAAUGGAUAUAAUAUUAAAGAAAGAGCUUGGUGAGACACCUCUUGUGAGAAAGAAUUCCCUAGAAAGAAUAAAACAGCUCAUAGCGGAGGAACCAGAUUUCUAUCCUUUUAUGGAUGACCAAUUCAUAUUGCUGUUUCUCCGAAACAAGAAGCAUAACGUGGAAAGGGCUUUCAAGACACUACGAAAUUAUUAUUUUUUCAAGAAGAAAUACUCCCGAGUAUUUACUGAUUUUCUACCUUCGGAGCAUGAAAAAGUCAUAAACAUGAACUGUUACUCACCCAUGCCUUUCAGAGACUCGAAUGGCAGAUUCAUAGUCGUCUGUCAACCAGGUCGGUACAAAUGGCAAGAAAACUCAGUCGAUGCUUUUAUGGCCUUUGCUGUGGACCUGGGAAUCUUGCUUAAUAAACCAGAAGCCUUUUCUAUAUGCGGAGCUGUGCUUAUCUUCGACCUUAAGGACUUUUCUAUGGAAAAUUUAUUUAAAUUUGUCAGCAUGAAAUUUUUAAUCUUCGCCUUUAGCUGUUUGCAGGACUGUUUACCUUACUCGAUAAAGGGAAUACACAUAGUGAAUGAACCGAGCUUUUUCCAAACUUCCUAUGGUGCCAUAAAAUUGGCUUUACCUGAUAAGAUAAGAAAAAGGGUAUUUCUCCACGGGAGCAAUUUACAAGGACUUCAUAAAUACGUUACUCCGGAAGUUCUCCCAGAAGAACUUGGAGGAAAUCUAGGUCCUGUGGACAACACAGAAUUUUUGAAGUUUGCCCUCAAGCAAGAAUCCCUUUUCAAAGACAUGAUUAAAUGUGGAUUUAAAAAGACGACUUCGACAAAGUCUGGGUGAUAAAAACAUGCAAUAAAUUAUAUAGCUAAAUUUGAUUUAGCCAUGUGUUACAGAUAAUGUGAACUAAGCAAUGUAAUACAAAUAGUUUUUAACCCAAAUAUGAGAACAUAAUUCACGAAGAUUAGCCAAAAAAUGAAGCGUUUUAAAAUUAUAAGGAGUUUUCCAAGUUUAUAAAGGUUUUUCUACUAAUUAGAGUUGAAUCAAAUACAUCAAAAGCUGUAGAAUUCACCAAUAUUUUGCAACAUUACUGCAAAUUUGCUUAUCGAAAAUAGGUACGAAGAUGUCAAUGUAAUUUUUCAAUCCUUUCUCUGACCUCAGAAUUUCGAUGACUGAGUGUUCAGCAUUUGGCAGUACAAAGAAUAUCCGCAAUGUCUCUUUUACAAAAUAAACUGUAAUAUGAAUUUUU